CUCAAAGCAACUAGAAUGGCGCAUGCGUGUACUGACACAGGAAAGGAGUUGUUUACUAGCAACGGUCGCUGUGGAUGGACAUGUUUUUCUGAAACGAAAGAACCAUGUCAACAUUUGCUGAUGAAACAGCAGCAGACGUGCCUGUGAAGGACAUCACUUUGAAACUUAGCCAAGCUGGAGUUGGAGCACCAGAUUCCUUGGUCACCCAGAAUGUCAGAGAUAGACAGGCCAUCUCGCGUGUGUCCAGGGAGGAGCUGGAGGACAAGUUCCUGCGGCUCCACGAGGAGAACCUGCUUCUCAAACAGCACAGCCACAAGCAGGAGGACAAGAUCAAGAGGAUGGCCACCAAGCUGGUGCGGCUGGUGAAGGACCGGCGGCGGGUGGAGCAGGGUGCACCAGGGGUGGGUGGGGUGCGUCCACAGGGGGGCAGGGACGUGGAGCUGGAGGAGAUGAUGGAGGAGCUCCAGGAGAAGGUCCAGGAUUUGCAGAGGCAGAACGAUGGGCUGAAACAACGUCUGCUGGCCGCCAAACAACAGCUGCAGGUGCAGAGCAGGAGACCCACCCCUUACGGUCACGUCCAAUCACGCAUCAACACAGGCAUGAGGAGGCAGAGGGAGGACAUGCACACUCAGGGUCCCAUACCGUCCUCCAGAGGUCUCCAGAGCGUGGAGGUGGAAGUGAGCGGGAGGCCUCCCCUUGGUCUGCUACCCCGAUAUGGACACAGUCUGCUGGAUGACGCGAGAGCCGAGAUUCGCAACCUGGAGAACGUGAUCGAGACCCAGCGUGGCCACAUCGAGGAGAUGGACCGAGCGGCCGAGAUACUGAGAGAGCAGCUGAGGAGGAAGGAGAGAGAGUUUGAGGAGUCCCUCCUUCACCUGAGACAACAGCAGACCACGGGACAGAGGUCCACUAUCAAGGACAACGUGGAGAUGAUCAGACUGCAGAAGCAGCUGGUGGAGAAGGCGAACGCCUUCACUGUGCUUGAGGGCCGCUUCCUCCAACUCCAGGAGAACCAGAGGACCCUGAAGGCCAGUCACGAUGGUGUCAUGGCCAAGGUGGACGAGCUCACUGGCCAGCUGAAGGAUGAGAGAUUGAGGAGUCUGGGGCUGGAAGGCCAAAUCCAGAACCUCUCGUUCUCACAGAGAAGGACUGAUGAGCUGCAAGACAGACUACAUGACCUUGAGAGGGAGAGAGACCUGCUGAAGGAGAACUGUGACAAACUGGUGAACAGUGCCUUCGACGUGACUCAGGAACAGAAGUGGAGGACAAGAGAACAGCAGCUCAAAUUGCAGAUUGCACAGCUAGAGGUGGCGCUGAGGUCUGAUCUCACGGACAAAAAUGAGAUUCUGGAUAAGAUCAAGGCUGAACGAGAUGCGAACGAAAAAGUUACAGACGAAAACAAGAGGCUUCAGCUGCAGUUCCUGGAGCAGAAGGAGCAGUUGGAUGAGAUAAAAAAUCGAAUGAAGUUCUACACCAAGGAAAGUGAGAUAGACGUGGCAGAACUCAGUGAGGCAUUGAUGUUAAUUAAGGUAAGAAAGACCCAGAGGAACGGCCAGCUGGGCUUCCUGGAGCAGGUGGAGGAUGAGAUGCGUGGGGACGCAGACCGCUCGGUGAGAGAGCUCCAGGCCACACACGCAGAGACCAUCCAGGAACUGGAGAAGACCAGGAACAUGCUCAUCAUCCAGCACAAGAUCAACAAGGACUACCAGGCUGAAGUGGAAGCUGUGACACGGAAGAUGGACGAGGCGAAAGCGGAAUACGAUCAGAAGUUGGAACGUCUCGCACAGCUUCUGGACAUGAGGGCUGCGAAAAUCAAGAAACUAGAAACCCAACUGAAGGACAUCGCAUACGGGACCAAAGCGCACGUCUUCAAACCAGACGUCGACGACGACGACUUGGCCGACGUGUUCGACGAAACCGUCCGCCUGGAACGCGGGGAGAACCUUCUGGAAAUCCACAUCGGCAAGGGGUCCUUUUCGGCCGUGGCGCUCGCGUCUCUCGGCGACCUUGAGCCCUCGACCUUCUGCACCUACGCCUUCUUCGACUUUGAGCUCCAGUCCACUCCCGUUGUCAAGGGCGAGCGGCCGACGUACGAUUUCACGUCGCAGUACGUGGUGCGGGUGGACGACCUCUUCCUGCAGCAUCUCCACUCGGGGUCGGCCACCCUGGAGCUGCAGCUGGCCAGGGGGAUGGACUUCCAGACGUUGGCUGCGGGACAGCUCCGCCUGCACUCGCUCCUGGACAAGGAGGGCAAGGUGCAUGGGUCAGUGCAGCUGGUCGGUGUGACAGGGGAGGUGCAAGCCUUCGGAUCAGUGGACUACUGGGCCCGGCUGCGGGUACCCAUGGAGCAGGCUAUCCGCCUGUACAAAGAGCGAGUGAAGGCCCUAGGCUAUCUCAGUUCAGCCAACGCUGGAGACAGACAGGUGUCCGCCACAGCCCUGGAACCUCACCUGACUUCCGCCGACUCCAGCCUGAACGAGCUCAGCGUCACCGUGAGGUGCUGCAGCGGCCUGGCGUCCCGGCUCGGCGCCGGCAAACCCAGCGCCUACGUGAUCUACAAGUUCUUUGACUUCCCCGACCACGACACGUGCAUCGUCCCAGACUGUGGCCAGCCCCAGUUUGAGGACCACAGGUCCUUUCCGGUGCCCAUGGACGCAGAUCUGGACGGCUAUCUGAAGACCUCGGCCCUGCUGCUCUAUGUUUUUGACGACCAGGACUCUCAGAGUGAGCUGUACCUGGGCAAGGCCAGAGUGCCUUUACUGUCGCUGGCCCACGAUAAAGCAAUCACAGGUACCUUUGAGCUGACUGACCCUGCUGGCCUCCCCAGCGGCCAUGUCGACGUCACUCUCAAGUGGAAGUUCACCUACCUCCCUCCCCCUGGCUCCACCAUGACUGUGGAACAGGCUCGGUUCAUCCCCAAAGAGCCCCCUGUGAAGCUCACACCUGAGGGGGAGGAGGCCGAGGAGAAGAGGGCAGGCACAGAAGAAGCAAAGGAGGAAAAGGAGAAGAGGGUGGAGAAGGAGAAACGAAAGGAGGGUGUGGUGGGGACGACAGUGACGGCGAAAGAGGAGAGGAGGGCUAAGACUCUCGAUCCCCUCCCUGCUGCCACUGAGGGGAAGGUACCUCAACCCAAACCCAGACAGAGAUCAUUUUUGAAAGAAAACAUGACUUCCAAAAAAGUCUCCUUUGUGGAUGUUACCGCUCCUGAAAAUAAACUUGUUACAGUGUCGGAGGCAGCGGUGGCAGGUCCGAGCGGCUCCGUGGAUGACAAAGAUGAUGAUGAUGAAGAGGAGGAGUCUCACUUCUCCGAAGGCCAGCUGAUCUCAUCCAGCUUUCAGUCUCUUUCUGACGAAUCAGAUAUCUCGGAGGAGAUCUUUGAACAGGAAGGCGACGUACAUGCGGCCCCAGGUGCGGGCGAGGAUCAGAGUGAAUCAAUACUCUCAGACAGUGAUGACUGCAUCGUUCCAGGACAGGCCUCGGUGGGAAGAAAGCCCUCUGAGCGUGUGCGUGUGGAGAUCGUGUCCCUGAGCUUGCGUCCCGACUCGCGGGCAGCCUCGGACAGCAGCGUGGUGCGUCUGUUUGUGGAGUACUCCCUCCUGGACUUGCCAUCCGAGGAGACCCCAAUGUCCCUGCCCAAACCCCUGCCUGGAAAGAGCAGCCACUACAACUACAGCAAGAUGAUUCAUGUAGACGUAGAGAACAACAGGACGAGACGGGAGAUGUUGAGGGGGGUACUUGAGGGACGUAACCCAGAAAUGGAGAAUAUCCGGUUUACGGUGGUCAGCGAGCCACCGGAGGAGGAGGAGCAAGAGAGGGAGUGUGAGGAUGUAGGCGUGGCUUAUUUUAGCAUUCCUAACAUCCUGAAGCAAGGACAGGACAUGAUUGAAACCAACCUCAACAUUGUGGAUGCUCUAGACAGCAGUGUGGUGGUUGGCAGUCUGGCAGUGUCUGUGGAAGGACUGGAGGCUUUCCAGUCUAUCAUGGAGGACCCAGACCAUGACUACACCCCCAUCUCCUCACUGGAAACAGACACAUAGGCCGUUUAACAUUUCAGUGGCCCAACGCCAGGACACUCAUUGUAGAAAUAAUUGUAAAUACUGUAUGUGUAUGCAUCGUGGUAGCUAGCUCGGAAAAAGCUAUUUGGAAUAUCGAGUGUUUUCAUUGCGAUUGUGUCUGUGUGAUGUAAAUGCCGCACAGUACUCAGGCUUAAUAUAGGCAAAGCAAGUGUCACACAAAUUAGACAACGUUUGUGUUUUAUUCAUCUAUUUUGAUGGUUGAAAGGGAUUGUUUUAUUAGACAAUAUUGCACUACAAUAAGGUUGAUUUCUUCUUCUGCAGGUGUUUCGAUCUUUAGACAUGCUUGGAAUAGCCUUAGUAAAACCUUCCUAUCACUGAAGGAUGAGGAAGUUAAGUCUGUAGUAACUGCAGCUCUGCAGCAACUACAGUACCAAGGCCCAUGUCUUUACAAUGAAUAAAUGCUGGAUGAGACCCUUCUUAGUUCAGUAAACUUUGGAAGAUAGUGGUUAUUUCAUAAUUUAACCUCGAUUUUGUUGGCCGGGAUUUAAAGAAUUGCAUUGCUUCAUGUUGCAGUGGAUUGAGGAUUUACCAUAGAUGGUUGCUCUAGAUGUGGUUUCAAGAUUGUACAACAAUGACACGAAUGUAAGGAAUGUGGUUUUUCGCAAUCAUUUUGUAUGAGAUUAUGUUUUAGGUCUAAGUAAAUUUCAGUAAUAUGAUAAAUCUUUAAUAGAUCUAAGAUUUCAUAAAUCCUAUAUGAUAGAUGAAUGUGUUCACUUGUCUGUUUUGUAUAUACGCUUAAUAAAGUGUUUAGUUUUUACACCUG